AUGUUCACCCUUUACUCGACUCUUGCCAUUUUUGAAAUCUCGACAAUGAUAUUCGGCUUAUCAUUGUACAGCUUUUUGAAGAACAGAAGACUUCGACAGUUUAAGCUUUCGGAGCUACAGGUAAACGGGAUUUUGAUCGAUGUACAUAAAUACUACAAGGACAGAGACGUGAAGCCAAAGCUCAACCGAAAAGUUCUAGAAGUCAUGGAUCCUGGUAGAUCCAUCUUAAAAUCAGUUAAAAACCGAAAAAACCAAGAAUAA